CUAUUUUGAAAUACUUGGAGCUAAGAGAAGGAUUGAGCAGUGCUUAGCCUGUCCGCCCCGAGCGGCUCCGGUCUGCUAGCGCGGCGGUGGCUGGUAGCAGUCGGCGCGAGGUCCACCAAGACCUGCACCGUGUGGGCCAGCCGACCCAAGCCCUCGUCCUCGGUGAUCAACUGGGCGGCACAGAUGGAUUCCUGGGGGAGGAAAGGAAAAGGGAUCAUGAAGGUGUUCGUGAGAAGCCGACCGACCGCCACUUUUGCUCAAGAGCUCAUAGAAAUCCUCCCCGAUGGAAAAACGGUGCAGAUCCACCAGAGCAAAGGGAGGCGGUGUGGAGGAUACCACGCCCCCAGCUCCUGGUGCUUCCAGCUGGACGGGGUGCUGCACCUCCUGUCCCAGGAGGAGGUGUACGCCAGGGUGGGCCAGGAGGUGGUUUUGGGGGCGCUGGACGGGUACAAUGGUACGGUCUUGUGUUUUGGCCAAACAGGCGCAGGAAAGACCUACACCAUGACGGGCACCACCGAGUCCUACCGCCAGCGAGGGAUCAUCCCCCGCGCGGUGGAACAGGUGUUUCAGGAAGUGGCGAAGCGCAGCGACCACAUCUUCUCUGUCCAGCUGUCCUACCUGGAGGUCUACAACGACACCCUGACGGACCUGCUGUCCACACUGUGCCCCCCCCCGGGCCCAGUGCCCCCCCCGGGCCCCGCUCCCCGGCCGGGUCUUGCGUUGAUGGAAGAGCCCGGUGGGCGGGUGUCCAUCAGGGGUCUGUCCCUGCACCCCGUCCAGAGCCAGGAGGAGGCCCUGGACCUGCUGUUUGAGGGGGAGCUGAAUCGCAUCAUGGGAGCUCACGCUAUGAACAACCACUCCUCCAGGUCCCACUGCAUCUUCACCCUACACAUACAGUCUCGCUCCAGGUCUCUCUCUGGCACCACGUUCCUGCGCUCCAAGCUGAGCCUAGUGGACCUGGCCGGGUCGGAGCGCCUGGGUAGGACUGGGGGGGCGGGGCAGACGUUGAGGGAGGCGACACACAUCAACAAGUCUCUGUCCUUCCUGGAGCAGACCAUCCUGGCCCUGGCGGACCCCCGCAGAGACCACAUCCCCUUCAGACAGAGCAAGCUCACCCACGCACUCAAACACUCCCUGGGAGGGAACUGCAACACAGUGCUGGUGGCCAACAUCUACGGAGAGGAGACGCAGAUGGACGAGACGCUGUCCACGCUGCGGUUCGCCAGUCGGAUGAAGAGUGUCAAAAGCCAACCGUCCAUCAACCAACACGUUGACCCUGCAUUGGAGGUGAAGAGGCUCCAGAAGGAAGUGGAGACGCUGAGGGAUGAGCUGUCCAUCCAGAAUCUCCUGGUGAAUGGAGGGGGGGCGAGGUACCAGCCUCUCUCCGAGGCCCAACAGGCGGAACUCCAGGACCAGGUGCAGCGGUACCUGGAUGGAAGUCUUGAGGCCAUCAGUGUGGUCAGUGUCAGACAGCUGCAGGAGGUCUUCUCUCAGUUCAGACUGGCUGUGCAAGAGCAGGAGCAGAGAGUGAAGGCCAAGCUCUCUCAGACCUACACGCUGGUGGAGAGAGGCCGGGCCGACGACUCAGCCAAUCCCAAGGAGGAGGAUGAAGUGGAGGAGGAAGAGGAGGAGGAGGAGGAGGAGGAGGUGGGCGGCAGCCGCAGGGUGGGGGGUAUGACCGGCCGCGCCCGAGUCAAGAGCAAACGCAAGAAGGCUAAAGAAGCCCCGCCGAGCCGGGGGAAAAAGCCUGGAGCCGCGAGUCCUGUUCAUGGGAAGGCACUAGAGACCAGAUCCAGUCCCAGGAUACAUCCUCCUCCCCAGACCCCUGAGGACGAACCGGACCCCCCCGACCAGGAAGUACAGGAAGCACCACCUCCGGAGGCAGAGCCAAUCAGGACAGACUCCCCCCCCACCAAGGCCCAGGCCUUCGAGGAGUUCAAGGCGUCGGGCGGGGCCGGCCUCCACCGCCUCCUGCGGAGCAACAAGGAGGUGCUGCAGGAGCGCCGCGCCCUCCUGCACCUCCUCGGCCAGGAGCUCAACGCCGCCAAGAGGGACAUCGACGCGGCGGCGGAGGACGUCCAGCGGCACCGCCACGCUCACGGUGCGUAACCAUGGCGACGGGGAAGACAGUGUGACGAAGCCUUUGAAGGGCCGACCCGCCAAUAAAGCCGGGGUGGUGAUUCCGCAGGCCGGCUCCGGGGGUCCGAGGAGACCCAGGACGUGGAGGAGGCCCUGGUGGGCCGUCUGGGGGCCCUGAGGACGCGGUACCGCCAGCACCACGACCAGCUGGGCCCCGCGAGGGCCGAGGUCCGCUACUGCCAGCACCUGGUGGACCGCUGCAGGGUCCGCCUGCUCUCAGAGUUUGAGAGCUGGUACCCCAACUCCUUGCUGUCGCCCCGGGAGGUCCCGGAAGGGGGUUCGAUCACGCCUGGGCUCGUACCCCCGGACCGCUCUCCCUCCCUGGGCGACGAGGAGCGGCGUCCUUGUGAGCACGUCCAGAGCAGGCGAGGCGAGGGGCCCGGCGCCGUGGCCUUCUACAACGCCCACCGCCGGAGCCUCAGACGGAGGAAGAGCAGAAGACCUCCAGGAACUCUCCCAAAUACACUUCCCACCACGCUUCUCCCCUUUGCCUAGGGGACCAGAUUUUUGUGCAGACCAUCGAACACAAUAAAAAAGUUGCAGUAUUCCUUU